AUGUUUGACCGCGGUCCAAGGCUUCUGAGAGAGAUUUGGGCGCUUACGGCCAUCGCCAUUGUCAUAGUCGCCUUGAGGGUGAUUGCGAAAAUCAGGAUUCGGAAAUUUGACUGGGAUGAUAUUCUCAUGGUGUCCGCGUUGGUUAGUCUGUCGCCGUGUAACAUUUUGAAGAUCAACGCUAACCUGAUGCCGGGAAUUCAGGUCCUGACUCUAGUCGGAUCAGCUCUGAUCACCGUGUGUGUUCAAUAUGGGUUCGGUCGCCAUGUCUGGGACCUCAACACCACAACGGUCGUUCCCAAAGUGAUCAUGUUCGACUAUUUGACACAGACAUUCGGUAUUGCGGGCGGUACGAUGGGUCGCAUUUCCUUCAUUCUCUUCAUCAGUGGGCUGCUUGGCACUAGAAGAUCACAUAGAGUGAUACUGUGGGUUAUCGUUCUGUUACAAAUCCUGACCAACGUGAUGUUGAUCAUCAUUCUAUUUGUCCAAUGUCCCGGACAUGCGUCCGCAAUCUGGACGAAGGAUGGGGGAAAAUGCUGGGAUGUCCACAUCCAAGCAUACUACGGCUAUUAUCAGGGCUCGUUGAACUCGGCCACAGACCUUUACUUGGCCGUGUUUUCCACCUAUAUCUUCUGGAAUUUGAAUUUGCAGUUACGGGUCAAGAUCGGCUUGGUCACUCUCCUCGGAUUGGGUAUUUUUGCAAUGGCCGCAUCCAUCAUGAAAGCAGUACAAACUCGAGUCCUCGCCCACGCCCACGAUGAUCCAACUACCGCAACCGUCAACUACGAUCGCUGGCUAUACAUCGAAGCUUACGUCGUCAUCAUCACGGCAUCAAUACCUUGCAUCCGAUCGCUCAUGCGAUCGGUCCGAGGCGGGACAACGGGCACUGGACGAAGCGCAUACGAGUUGAGUUCACCAUGUACCGGAAGCUCUGUGCCCACGCCCCGAUCCCGGAGGUUGACCCCAAAGGCGAUGAUCCGUAUACAGGAUCAUUCUAGCGCGGAUGAUAUCUUGGAAGGGCAUCAUAUUGAGAUUGAUAUAGAACACGAGAGGAUCGACUCGAAAACUUCGGCACAAGUCUAUGUAUAG